AUGGAAACCUGGUUUCCAGUCCACCGGCGCUGUCUACUGGUUCACUGGACGCUCGUCUGUCUGCUGGUGUGGCUCGCUCCCUAUCUGGUCGCUGCUCAGAGGUCAGACCAUGACACCGCCCUUCUGGACCCGCUGCCCGCGCCCGUGUCGGCUCGGAUGGUUCGAGCUCGACCGGUGCAGGGCGGUAACAGCCUGCAGAGCACCGCCGAACCCGGAGGUGCAGGGGUGGGGGAGCGAGCCGUGGAGAACCCACUGGAGGACCCCCUGCAGCAGCUGAACCUGGAGGAAGGCUCCGGUGGCGGCGAGCAGGACACCGAGGAGGUGGUGAGUCAACAAUUUGAAGGACCUCGACGAGAACCAGGAGUGUUGGAGUGCGAUUUCGGUUCGGGCGACCGGGGCGUGUCGCUGUGUGAUUACUCCAACUCCAACAUCACCGUGCUCCGGUGGCAGGCCUCCACGGGAAGGUCGAGCAACUGGCUGGGCGGACCUCCAACAGACGCCACCGGCUCGCAGGACGGUGGUUACGUGUUUUUCGAGACGUCUGAGCUUCCGGACGAUGACGUGUUGCGAGUGAACAGCGAAUCGGCUAUGCUGGAGAGUGGCCUGCAGCCGCGAACCCCGCCCGCCGGCCAGUGUGUCCAGUGA